AUGAAGUCUAUCCUCGAUGACCUUGCAGAUACCACCUUCCGAACGAUCACCACAGACCUCCUCUAUGUGGGUGCCAAUGACAUUCAGGGAAGUCCCUUCCAAGAAAAGAUGACUGCGGGAGAGCACCCCCAGUUGGUCCCAGCAGACCAGGUGAACCUCACCGAAUUUUACAACAAGUCUCUGUCCUCCUACAAGGAGAACGACGAGAACAUUCAGUGCGGGGAGAACUUUAUGGACAUGGAGUGCUUCAUGAUUCUGAACCCCAGCCAGCAGCUGGCCAUCGCCGUGCUGUCCCUCACGCUGGGCACCUUUACGGUCCUGGAGAACCUGCUGGUGCUGUGUGUCAUCCUCCACUCCCGCAGCCUCCGCUGUCGGCCUUCCUACCACUUCAUCGGCAGCCUGGCUGUGGCAGACCUCCUGGGGAGCGUCAUCUUCGUCUACAGCUUCGUCGACUUCCACGUGUUCCACCGCAAAGACAGCCCCAACGUGUUUCUGUUCAAACUGGGUGGGGUCACAGCCUCGUUCACGGCCUCCGUCGGCAGCCUGUUCCUCACGGCCAUCGACAGGUACAUAUCUAUUCACAGGCCCUUGGCCUAUAAGAGGAUCGUCACCCGGCCCAAGGCCGUGGUGGCGUUUUGCCUGAUGUGGACCAUCGCAAUUGUGAUUGCCGUGCUGCCUCUCCUGGGCUGGAACUGCAAGAAACUGCAAUCCGUGUGCUCAGACAUUUUCCCUCUCAUCGACGAGACCUACCUGAUGUUCUGGAUCGGGGUCACCAGCGUGCUGCUGCUAUUCAUCGUGUAUGCCUACAUGUACAUUCUCUGGAAGGCGCAUAGCCACGCCGUCCGCAUGAUCCAGCGCGGUACCCAGAAGAGCAUCAUCAUCCACACGUCCGAGGACGGCAAGGUGCAGGUGACCCGGCCGGACCAAGCCCGCAUGGACAUUAGGCUGGCCAAGACCCUGGUCCUGAUCCUGGUGGUUUUGAUCAUCUGCUGGGGCCCUCUGCUCGCAAUCAUGGUGUACGAUGUCUUUGGGAAGAUGAACAAGCUCAUUAAGACAGUGUUCGCCUUCUGCAGCAUGCUCUGCCUGCUGAAUUCCACCGUGAACCCCAUCAUCUACGCUCUGCGGAGCAAGGACCUGAGACAUGCUUUCCGGAGCAUGUUCCCCUCGUGCGAAGGCACUGCGCAGCCUCUCGAUAACAGCAUGGGGGACUCGGACUGCCUGCACAAACACGCCAACAAUGCAGCCAGCGUCCACAGGGCCGCGGAGAGCUGCAUCAAGAGCACGGUCAAGAUCGCCAAGGUGACCAUGUCUGUGUCCACGGACACGUCUGCCGAGGCUCUGUGA